UCUCUUGCUGUUCUUUUCUGUGUCAUGGAAUACUAUAGUAGUAGUAGUAGUAAGAGAACCCUCUGGCACUUCUUAGACGAAGAGGAGAGGAACCCAAGAACCCUAGACCAAAUGUCAGAACCCGAUCCCCACUUCAGUCCCUCCAGACCUUCCUCUGCUUCCAUGAUCCAACUCUCACCACCUAGCCCUGGCUCACCAUGGACUCUCUCUCCUCUUCACCCUUCCUCUUCUCCUUCCCUACUCUACCACUGCGUUGCUGCACUCCAUCGUCACGAAGGCAACAUCUUAUCCAUUGCUGUCCUUCGAGGCAUCGUCUUCACCGGCUCCGAAAGCUCUCGGAUUCGGGUGUGGCGACAACCGGAAUGUGUCGAACGUGGUUAUAUUAAGUCCAACUCUGGCGAAGUACGUUCCUUGUUAGCCUACGGUAACAUACUCUUCACCACACACAGAGAUUGCAAGGUUCGGGUUUGGAGCGUUUCCGUGUCGGAGAAUUUCCGAUACAAGAAGAUCACAAGCUUGCCUAAACGAAGUUCCUUCUCUUUUUUCUCCAGGACGAGCUCGCAGCAACACAAGGACUGUAUCUCUUGCCUUGCUUACUACCACGCCGAGGGGUUACUCUAUACGGGUUCCUGGGACAGAACGGUCAAAGCUUGGCGGGUCUCCGAUAAGAAAUGUGUUGACUCGUUCGUGGCUCACGAAGACAAUGUCAACGAGAUUGUGGUCAACCAAGAGGACGGCUGUGUUUUCACAUGCUCAUCUGAUGGAUGCGUUAAGAUAUGGAGAAGGGUGUAUGGGGAAAGCUCCCAUACACUAACUAUGACACUUAAGUUCCAACCUUCCCCAGUGAAUGCCUUAGCCUUGAGCUGGUCGCCUGGUUCUUGCUUCCUUUAUUCCGGUUCGUCAGAUGGGUUCAUCAAUUUUUGGGAGAAGGAGAAGGGUUCGGGUCGGUUCAACCAUGGUGGGUUUUUACAAGGGCAUAGGUUUGGGGUUCUAUGUUUGGUAGCAGUUGAGAGGUUGGUGUUUAGUGGUUCGGAGGAUACGACCAUUAGGGUUUGGAGAAGAGAGGAAGGGAGCUGCUUCCAUUCUUGUUUGGCUGUGUUGGAUGGGCAUGUAGGGCCUGUGAGGUGCUUGGCUGCUUGUCCGGAGGUAGAGAAGGUGGCUAUGGGGUUCUUGGUGUAUAGUGCUAGUUUGGAUCGAACGUUUAGGGUUUGGAGGGUGAAGGUGUUUCCAGGAGAGACGAAGGUGAAAUUUGAAGAAAGUCAGAGGAUUGAUCAGAACAGCAAGAUCAUGGAGUAUGAGACCAGUCCAGUGUUAUCUCCAUCGUGGGUCGAAAGAAAGCUUCAAGAUCAGAAGAAGAAAAAGAUAGGAAGGGAAGAAGUAGAGAUAACGAGUGAAUCUGGAUUAGAUGAAGAGCAAAUAGUUGAUGAUGAAGCUCUGGAUGGACGUUAUUCGUAUUCUCAAUCCAAUUUUGCAUUUCCUCCUUGAAGUUGGUCGUAGAGACAAAGCCAUUUUCAUGGUUUCUCAUUGGCUCUACUGCGUAUGGGUACCCAGGAACCGGGUCGAACGGUUAGUUUGCUCCUUAAUCAGGCCGGCUUUUUAGUCUUUCUCGGUCUUUUAUGUCUAAUUUUUUGGCUAAUCAAUCAAUUAUCAUCAGGGUUCGGACAAAUUGUGCUUACUUAAGGGUGUAAAUCGAUUAUUUGGUUUGACUUCGGUUGGUUCUAAAGAGUAUUGGUGUGAUUCUCGAACCGAAUCAAGAACCCAAUCAGUUCUAAAAUUCGAUAUUCAAAUCGAACCUGAUCGGA